GAGCUGGAAAACCUCGAGGCGGCGAUCCUAGACAAUGCACGACGUCACCGCAAGUUACGUGAUGACCAAUUGUCUGUCAAUUUCGAGAAAAUCAACCCGCCAAAGCAACUCUCUUCUGACGAGGUCCUGGUUCACAACUUGUCAUCCUAUCCUCUUACUCAGCAACAACUAACGGUUCUGUCCUAUGAUGCAAAAUUCAGCAAGAUAGACGCUCGACCCGAAGACUUUGUGGCAUCCUUCGAAUCGGUGCCUCAGAAAUGCGAGGCGAAUGUGCGAUGCGAAACGCCAUGCGGCAACGAGUGA